CUUCCGCAGUCCCCGCCCGGCGCCCGCCCCUGCCGCCCGUCUGGAGGGAGGGAGCCGCCAGCAGCGCCGCCGCGCCUCGCCUGGCCUGACCGGAGGACGCCGCCGCCGAGGAGGAAGCAGGCAAGGCGGGCGGGCGAGGGAGCCGGAGCCGGCUUCGCAGCAGCCGAGGAGAAGAAGGCAACUUGAAAGAGAAGGAAGAAAACCUCAUUUUUAUCUUCAAGGAUCUGAAGAGGGGCACUGCACGGGGACUCUACAAUAUGCUAAGCCAUCUCGUGAUCUUCAGCAAGGAAUUCUAGCCUGGCCUCACCGAGGUUUAACCCAGAGGCAAGCCAAAGAGAGAUCCAUAUGUUUGGGGGAAGAUAGUGAUUGCCUUCAAACUGACCGACCAUGAGUAUGUUGAAACCCAGCGGGCUGAAAGCCCCCAGCAAGAUCAGCAAACCGGGAAGCGUGCUGGUGAAAACAGGAGCUGCACCUGCAGCUGCAGCCUCUCCAGAAAAGACCCCGGCCGCUGAGAAGCCCCCCGCCACUGAAGGUCCGGAUGAGUUUGUGGACGACUUCCGCAUCGGGGAGCGUAUUUGGGUCAAUGGGAAUAAACCCGGCUUCAUCCAGUUCUUGGGAGAGACCCAGUUCGCUCCGGGUCAGUGGGCAGGAAUCGUGCUGGACGAAGCCAUUGGGAAGAACGACGGCUCCGUGGCCGGGGUGCGGUACUUUCAGUGUGAGCCCUUGCGUGGCAUCUUCACGAGGCCUUCCAAGCUCGCGCGGAAGGCCAUGCCUGAGGAUGAAGCCAACGGGACCCAGGCCUCUCGGGCCACCUCGCCCACCAGCCUGGUGUCUUCUCCUUCGGCGGCAGCCCACCUGCCUCCCACCGGCAUCCCUCAGAAGACCCCCGUGUCUCAAGCGAGCAACCUCUCCAAGACCCCCAGCGAGUCCAUUUCGAACCUGUCUGAAGCCGGGUCCUUGAAGAAGGGCGAAAGGGAACUCAAAAUGGGAGACCGAGUGCUGGUGGGGGGAACGAAAGCUGGCGUGGUGCGUUUUUUGGGAGAGACGGAUUUCGCCAAGGGGGAGUGGUGCGGCGUUGAAUUGGACGAACCCCUGGGCAAGAACGAUGGGGCCGUGGCAGGGACAAGGUAUUUCCAGUGCCAGUCCAAAUACGGCCUCUUUGCUCCAGUGCACAAAGUGACCAAGAUCGGCUUCCCCUCCACCACCCCGGCCAAAGCCAAGCCCGCCGUCCGGAAAGUCCUCCCCACACCCACCAGUCUGAAGCGCAGCCCCAGCGCCUCAUCCCUCAGUUCUCUCAGCUCGGUGGCCUCUUCUGUAAGCAGCAAGCCGAGUCGCGCAGGACUAAGUCUUGCUAUGCAGUUGACAGAGACGUCCUCUCGGUACGCACGGAAAAUCUCAGGCACCACCGCCCUGCAAGAGGCACUGAAGGAGAAGCAGCAGCACAUUGAACAGCUCCUGACUGAGCGGGAUUUGGAGAGGGCGGAGUUGGCCAAGGCCACCAGCCACGUUGGGGAGAUAGAGCAGCAGCUUGCCUUGGCACGGGAUGGACACGAUCAGCGAAUACUGGAAACGGAAGCCAAGAUGGACCAGCUGCGAGCCUUGGUGGAAGCUGCUGAUAGAGAAAAAGUGGAAUUGCUGAACCAGUUGGAGGAGGAGAAGAGGAAGGUUGAGGAUCUGCAGUUCCGCGUAGAGGAAGAAUCUAUUACCAAGGGCGACUUAGAGCCAAAGAGAAAAAUAUCUGAAGACCCUGAAAAUACGCAGACCAAACUGGAACAUGCCCGCCUUAAGGAGCUUGAGCAGAGUCUUCUCUUUGAAAAGACCAAAGCUGACAAACUCCAGAGGGAGUUAGAAGACACUAGGGUCGCCACUGUGUCUGAAAAGUCUCGUAUCAUGGAACUGGAACGAGAUCUCGUAUUGCGGGAGAAGGAAGUCGCUGACCUUCGGUCAAGAUUGGAGUCUAGUAAAGUGACCAGCAAUGUGGACACGUCUCUCUCACUGCUCCAGGAAAUCAGCGCUCUGCAGGAGAAGAUGGCAUCGACGAACAAGGAACAUCAGGAGGAGAUGAAGUCAGUGCGGGAAAAACUUGGGGUCAGUGAAGAAUCCUACCAGAAGGAAAUCAAGGCCUUGUUGUCCUCUAAUGAAAAGAUGGCGAAAGAAAACAACUCCUUGAAAGGCAAGCUGGACACGGCCCACAAAGAGAAUUUAGAGGUGAUCGAAUCGUGGAAAUCGAAGCUGGAAGCUGUGAUGGCUUCUCAUCAGCAAGCCAUGGAAGAGCUGAAGACCUCUUUCAGCAAAGGAGCUGGGAUCCAGGCAGCGGAGUUUGCAGAGCUCAAGGUGGAGAUUGAGAAGAUGAAAGAGCAACAUCAGAACGAAGCAUCUAACUUGAAGCUGAAGCAAGAAGGUGAGAGGUUGUGUCUCACGAAGGAGAUCGAAGCCCUGAAGACCAAGCUGCUGGAGGUCACGGAGGAGAAGGAGAGAAGUUUAGAAGUGCUGAAAACCCAACUGGAAAGCGCAGAAGAUCAGCACCUGGUGGAAAUGGAGGACACGCUUAACAAGUUGCACGAAUCCGAAAUAAAGGUAAAGGAGUUAGAAGGAAUACAGGAGAAGUAUGUGGAGCAAACCAAGGCCAUUGAUACCUUUAAGACAAAGAUCAAAGCUGCUGAAGCAAAGCUCAUGAAACUUGAUGGCCUUCAGAGGGCCCUUUCUGAAGGUAAACUGGAGUUGGAAAAACUCAGUGAGGAACACGAAGCCGCCCAAAAAAAGAUACAGAGUUUAGAGAAUGACAGAAAUAAUGAAAGUAGCCAGGCUGCGAGUCUAGUCAAAGAACUGCAAGCGAGAGAGAAAAAGCUGAUUGAUCUGGAACAUCACUUAGGCACAGUCAACCAACUUAAAGAUUCUCUGGAGAAGGAGCUGGAGGACUUGAAGGAAAAAUUUACGAAGGGUGCUGAUGAGGCAAAAAGCUUACAAAAAUCUAUGCAAGAAACUCUUGAAAAGCUAAACCAAAAAGAGCUGCAGUUUGCAGGAAUGUCAGGCGAACUCGAUCAGCUAAGAUCUCAUUUCACGGCCAUGGAGAAGAUGCUGGGAGAAAGAGAACUCAGAGAGCAGCAGCUGCUGGAGGCCAAAGCCAAGCUGGAAAACGAGGUGGCCGAAAUCAUGAGGUCUUCGGGCGACAGCUCUUCCCAGCUGACCAAAAUGAACGACGCUCUGCGGCUCAAAGAGAAGCAACUGGAAGAGCUGCAGGCCCAGCUUAGCAAAGCCAACACAGGCACAGCUCAGCUGCAGGAGGAUUUGGUGCAGGCGGCCCGCCAGGCUGAAAAAAAGCAGGAAGAAAUGUCUGCACGGCAUCAGGAGGAGCAGCAAAAAAUGCAGAACAAAUUGGGCACCCUGGAGAAGAAAAUAGCAGCUCACCAAGAGGAGCAGAAACACCUGCAAGCCGCCAGUGAAAAAUUGCGAUCGGAAAUGGCUGCCCAGCAUGAAGCAGCCCUCAAGGAAGUCCAGCAGGAGCUCCAGAAAAAGGAGCAGCUGCUCGCGAAGAUCCAGAAGACCAACAGCGAGUUGGAGAAACAGGCCAAGGAACUGAAGAAGGACGCUGAGCAUGCAAAGUCUUUAACCUCUAUGUUAGCAACAGCCAGCAAGGAGAUUGAACUAAUGUCAGAGGAGAUGAGGGCCUUGAUAGCAGAGAAGGAAGUCUUGGCACAGGAAGGGAAUGCUUUAAAGUUAGAAAAAGGUUCCUUGUUAUCCAAGCUGGUAGACUUGGAGUCCAAGAUUGGGCUGUUGAAACAAGAUCAGGAGAAACUGUGGACCGUUAACGAGGAGCUCAAUCUGGAGAACAAAAAAACGGCCAAGGAGAAACAAGAAGCUGAGAACAAAACCCAACAAGAGAAGGAGAAGAACGACGAGCUGAUCUCCGAAAAGGGAAGGUUGCUCCUGGAGAUUGAGGCUGCCCAAGAUGACCUCCUUAAGAUCACGAGAGAGAAUGACGCUCUACGUACAUCGAAGGCAGCUCUCCUCGGUCAGGUGGAGAAGCUCCAAGCCCACAAUCAGACCCUGGCCGAAGAAUGUCAGAAGCACGUCAGCCAGCGGGAAGAACUGGAGGAUUGUCAGAGGAAGCUUUCGGAGGAGAACGCCGCUCUUCUCAAAGAUAAGGACGAUGUCAUUCAGAAGCUGAAGAGCUCGUACGAAGACAUGGCCAGAGACCAAAAAGAGCUGCUUCAGGAAGUGACCACCUUGGCUGCUGAGAGGGACUCGCUCUUGGGCAAGCAUUUGGAUCUAGAAAACAAGCACGUCGCUUUGAAGAGGGAACGGGAUAGUCUCCUGCAGACCAGCCAGGACCUGCAGUCUGACAAGGAGACCCUCUUGAAGACUCAGGAGGAGAGACGCAAGAGCUUAGAGCAAGCUCUAGAGGGAAAACAGGAGCUUCAGUUGAAAAGCGAAGGCCUUCAGUCCAAACUGGAAUUAUCAGAUAAAGAGCUUAAAAAGGUCACCAAAGACAAGAGCCAACUGGAGGCCUCUCAUGCUAGUCUUUCAAAACUCCUGGAAGAGAUUAAGGCCAGUCGGGCAUUGACAGACACCGAGCUGAUUCAGCUCCUGCAGGAGAAGGAAGCCUUGGUCUGCUCCGAGAGAAGACUUGCAGCUGAAAGGGAGGAACUUUGGAACGAAAACAAGAACCUUUCAGAAAAGCUGGCCCAGAUCUCUGAAGAAGCUGCCCUGAUUGAGAAAGCCUUGAAUGAGAAGCUGAGCCAGUUGAGCGCGGAGAAGGAGGUGGCAUCACAGAAGUCUUUGAAGCUCAAGAAGCAGAACGAGAGCCUCCUCAAGGAGAAGGCCUCCUUGGAAGCCAAAUGUGCCGAGCUCCUGGCUGAGAAGCAGUCUGCCACCAAAGCUGUGUGUGAAUUGAAAAAGAAGCAUGAGUUGGACAUUUCUGCCAAAAGGAUGCUGGUCCAAGACAAGGCCAAGCUGCAGGGUAGUGCUGAAACCCUGAAGCGAGAGCUCGACCAGAAGAUAGAAGAAAACCAAGAUCUUGUCCGGUAUAAAGCUGAACUAUCCAAAAUCUUAAAAGAGACCCAAAGUGCCAAAACAGUGUUGGAAAACGAAUACUCUGCCUUGCUUCAUGCUAAGCAACUCCUAGCUGCUUCCUUUAAGAGCAGUUCUUCGGAGAAGGAACUGCUGAACAAAGAGAAGGUCCACUUGCAAGAAGAAUGCCAGAAGCUGAGCAAAGAGCUCAAAACCAUCUACAAUAACCUGACGAUAGAGCGUGAAGGGCGUAUGCUGGAGAAGGAGUCCUUUCUGGUAGAGAACACCCAGCUCCACAACUCCAUUAGUCACUUAGAGACAGAGAAGGAACAGCUGAUGCUAAAGAAUAAGGAGUUGUUGGUAGAAAGGGACCGGCUGAAACAGGAGAAGUUGAAGAGCGAGUCCAGGCUGGAAGAAAUUAUGAAGGAGAAAGAGGCCCUCAGUGCCGAGACGGACCAGUUGGCCUCCAGCAUUGAGAAGCUGAAGAAGGAGUUUGCGGCUCUGACCAAGUCCAAAGCGGAGCUGCAGGAACUUCACAGCAGCGUCUCCAAGAUCCUAGAAGACCUCCGUUCCAGCCACCAAACCAGUGAGCUGGAACGGGCUAGACUGCUUCAAGAGAACGAGACGUUGCUUCUGGAGCAGAAGCACCUCGUCGCCAUCAAGGAAGAGAUCUUGAAGGAGAAGGAGAAGUUCUCCGAGGACUACUACAAACUGCACGAGGAGAUCACCCUUCUAGCCCAGGCCAACAGUGAGAUGUCCGCCAGCCUUUUGGCGGCUCAGAGCAAAAUGCAGACCCUUCAGGAGGAGCGAGAUGAACUGGUCUUGAAACUGGAGGGCAUUGAGAGUCUGCAGGCCCAGGCGGUAAUGCAAAGAUUUGAGACUGCAAAAACAGCAGAAGAUGCUUUGCAGAUAGUGGAGCAAGUGACCAAAGAGAAAGACAUCCUUCAAAAGGAGAAGAUGGAAAUAUUGGCCUCCUUUGAAGAUUCCAAGCAGGUCAAUCACAAGUUGAAAAAAGAGUUGGACACUCUUAAAGAAAGCCAGCGAAAGAAUCAAGAGGAGCUGACAAAGUCUCAGGAACGUCUGAACACCGAGAGCCAAAACCUGGAAGAACUUAGAAAAGAACUAGAGGUGCUCAAACUGGCAGAAGAGGAGAAGUCCCACCAGCUCGCCGUCUUCCAGGAAGAGAACCUCAAACUUGCUAAAGAGCUGGGAAAAGGAGACCUCGCCAGUCACCAGAAGCUGGAAGAAGAGAGAUCGGUCCUCAAUAACCAGCUCUUGGAGAUGAAAAAGAGCUUGCCCAGUAUUACUUUAAGAGAAGCCAAGUUAAUAAAAGAGAAUGAUGAAGAGAGAGCUUCAUUGCAGAAAUCCAUCAGUGUUACUAGUGCCUUGAUUACAGAGAGAGACGAAGAGCUGGAGAAACUCAGAAAUGAGGUCUCGGUGCUCCGUGGAGAGAACGCCACGGCAAGGAAUUUGCACUUGGUCGUUCAGUCCCUGGAGUCCGAUAAGGUUAAACUUGAGAUCAAAGUAAAGAAUCUGGAGCAGAAGCUCAAAGAGAGCCAAAAAAGCUCUUCAGAUGUUUCAUCUGGGGGUGACCUCCAAAAGGAAGAAGCCCUCGAGAGCCAGCAAAUGAUUGACUUCCUAAAUUCGGUCAUUGUGGAUCUUCAAAGUAAAAAUGAUGAACUGAAAUCAAAAUUGAACAAGAUGUCCGAGGCAGCUCUCAACGGCGAUGAGGAAGAAGUUAUAAACUAUGACAGCGAGGGAGACAACCAAGUCAAGAGGAAACCUCGCCUCUUCUGCGAUAUUUGCGAUUGUUUCGACCUCCACGAGACCGAAGAUUGUCCUACGCAGGCCCAGGCGCCCGAGGAACCCCUCCACUCCACGUACCACGGCAGUCGGAAAGAGGAACGUCCGUACUGCGACAUUUGUGAAAUGUUUGGUCACUGGACCGCCAACUGCAACGACGACGAGACCUUCUGACGCAGGACGGGGCUGGAGAAGAUGAACGUUGCUUUGAGCGCUAGUUGGACCUUGUCCUCCCCCCACCAACCUUCAAGGGUGGGGCCCGCAGGAGAGAAGAGAGAGGGGACCGGCACUUUUUCCUCCCAGAAUUCCUUGCAGCAGCCACCCAGCUUAGAAAGACGUAGUGUGUCUCGUCUUCCACAAGAAAGAUAAUUUAUUCUGCCCUUCUUAAAAUGAAAUUAAAAUAAAGAAUUUAACAGGGGCUGCCAAUUUUCAUUUAGAAAUUUCAUUUCCUGGGUUUGCCCCAAGAAACUUCCCCUCUGGUCGCCUCGCUUACUUUGGGGGAAAGGGGUGGGGGAGGAAAUAAGAGGAGGUGGGGUGUCAAACCAACAAGCACUUAGUUCUAUUUUAGCUAAUUUAAAGCUCUUUGAAAUUAUGCUGUUAAUUUUCCUAUUUGCACUAAGCUCCUCCAAGCUGCGGUUGUACGUUUUUUUAGCGUUUGUAACGUUCUGACACUGGAAUGGGUUUAAGAGGUGAACUCUUUUUGUUUUGUUUUUUUCUUUUUCCAACAUUUGGGUUUUUCUCCCCCCCCCCAGCUUUGUGACCUCUCGUUCAACUGACACGCGUGAGCAAGCCUUCAUGCGUGUGCUACUGGUGCAAGACCUUGAAGUAGUGCCUUCCUUUCCGUGAGAUUUCUUUAACGCUGUGAGAUUUUUGUCACGGCAAAAAUACCACAAAGCAGGUCAGCCACUGCGGGGAACUUUUUUUUUUUCACCCUAACAAAACCUCUCCAGCUGUGCAUUUGGGAAAAUCUCUCCCUGUUUUUUCAGCUUCUGUAGAGUUGUACAUAAGUACAUAUAUAAAUAUAUUUAAGAAAAACAAAGAUUUAUAUUUUGGAAAACAAUCUGAUUGUCUUUAGCGCUUCUGUUAUUCUGAAUUCAGAGGGCUUUUGUGUACCGUAACUUGAUUUACUGACUUUAAAUAGCCUCAAAUGUCGGAGAUUUUUUUUAUUUCUGACUGGGGUGGCAUUUUGGGGGAUAAGCGGGCUAGUUUGCAUGUACCAAAAAAGGACAAAAAAAAUAUUCCAGCUACAGUUUAUCAAAAAAUCUGUCCUGAAAUCAAGACCUUUUUUUAAAAACCAAUUAAUAUGUAAUUUAUUUAUUUUCCCCUGGGUUGGAAUUUUGUUCCAGAUGAAUGUAAAAUAGAAAACUCAAUGUUGAAAUAAGGUGAAGUUUCUAAGAAGCCGAUACCUUACAAGAACAUUUUAGGAAGUAUAAAACCGAGCACACUUCUGAGUGAAACUGUGUCAUGCUAACUUAAUGCACGUGGCAUUCCUGUGUAGUUAAUCCGUCACGGAGUAAAUGCCAUGUACUCUUAAGAGAGACAAAGAUGACGCCAUGCUGUUUUUGCUCUUAUUUUGAAUGUCACAAAAAGAAAUGUAAAGCAAAUACACCAUCAGCCUUCCUUGCUUUCUCUACACAUGAUGGAAGACUUUAACUCUUCUAUAGUUGUGUUUGGGUUCAUGUGUGUUUCUUUUUACACGCACACACAGACAUAUAGACAGGCACAUAUCUGUGCUAGUGGUUAAUUAUUCCCAGAUUACAAUCAGUAUUUGGCCUAUGAGGUGUUUUUUUUAAAAUCAAUGUAAUUGUUUGAACUUUGGAGUAAAGAAUGUAUUAUAGGGAUAGUCAUUAAAAAAGCAGGGAAAUCAGUAUUAAACUAAACCAAUUGUACUGUAUCUUUAAUAAAGGGAUUAUUCUCUACU